CCGGUCUUCAUUAAGAAGAAGGGAGCCGCUAGAAGUAACGACAAUGAAGACCUUGCUGAUCACCCUGUUGCUGGUUGGGUUCACCCUCGCAUUUGUCAAAAAUCGUGGGAUGCGGGAUGACUUCAACAGCAAAGCGGUGGAAUUCCUGAGCGGGCGUGACGGAGAGGCUGCCCGGGCAGAGAUGACGCCCUCCCCAGGGUGUGUAGAGGGUGACAUGGAGCUCACAUCGGAACAGAAAGAUGUCUACUUCGCCAUGAGGGAAGCCACAGCUAAGAACAGAGCUCGGGUACGGCGUGACGCCCAAGCCGCAUUCUCUAUCUGGCCGAACAAGACCCUCGUGUAUCGGUUCGACGCAUCACUUGACAACGGCAUCAAGCAAGUAUUUAGGGAGGCGAUUGAAAUCUACAGAGAGCAUACGGGUCUAUCAUUUGAGGAGGCGUUUGAUGACUACAGUGGCGCUAUACAUCCUCUGGUUGUAUAUGGACUCAACGACGGAUGCUCCUCUUCUGUGGGUUACCGCGAACGCUCUGGCGGACGGAUGCAUCUUGAAACAGAAAAAUGUGGAGCGCUUGGUACUAUACUCCAUGAGCUCGGCCACGCCCUCGGGCGUUUCCACGAGCAGACCAGAAGCGACCGUGAUGACUACAUCACCGUAAUUGAAUCCAACAUCCUACCGGGAUUUGAGCACAACUUCAGGAAGGCCGAUCGACCAAUACUUGCCCUGUACGAUCUCCAGUCCAUCAUGCACUACAGUCGUGAUGCAUUCAGUUUCGACCGCAGGUCAUCAACGAUCAUGCCACACAAUGCGAAGGAUUCAGAGAAGAUGGGCACACAACGGAGACUGUCUCGUCUUGACGUAUUCACUGUUAACGCUGCCUACGGUGUGGAUGCAUUGUGUCCCGCCGACCUUUGGGAUAAGUGUCAGCGUGGUGGAGUUCCUAACAAGCAUUGCUCUUGCGACUGCCUGCCGGAAUUUGAAGGCCCGUAUUGCGAAAUCGUCGUCAUUCAAACAGAAUGUAGCGGCCACUACCAGCUGGAAGAAUCGGGGCUUAUUUCAUCCCCAGGUUACCCUAAUACCUACUCCAGCAACGCCAAAUGCAGCUAUGUCAUCGAGUGUGCGAAGGACGAGGUCGUCCAACUGGACUUUUUAGAAUUCUCCUUAGAGGGCUGGGGCUGCUUCUUUGACAAGAUGAAUAUGAUGACGGGCGAUUUGGUUACAGAGGAGUACCCAGAUGAAUAUUGCGACGAUAACCUGAAAGGAGAAUCGGUGUUUUCCAAGAGCAAUGUUGCAUUGAUGACGUUCGAGAGUGACGACAUGUUUAACUACGAAGGAUAUCAGAUAUUUUACCACUGUAUUCAUUCGGACUUGGUAUCAAAAUAAUUUCAGUACCUGCUGUGGCAUUGGAUUUCAUCCCCCGGGCCCAUGAUUGUGUCCCCCGGUAAAGGAACCACGCCCAAAAAGGUAAUCUGAAAAUCGGUCGUCAAACUUAAUAGAAUUAUUAUUAAUUACUAUCUAUAUAAUAUUAGACAUUGCGGAACAAGUCUUAAUGGAAAACAGGUGGUGUCCAAGACCAACUAUGCUUUGAUAAAGUUCAAGAGUGACGACAUGUACAACUACGAUGUAUAUCAGAUAUCUUACGCUUGUAUUUCUCCUCCAGACGUCACGGUUCCUCCUCCAGACGUGAUAUAAAAAUAAUUUCAAUAUACCUGCUGUGGCAGUUGAUUUCGUCCCCUCUGGAAGCACACAAUUUUGGGUGGAAGGGUGUUUUUUUUUCAUUCAGUAUUUUCUUUCCAUU